CUGGCGACGCAACUUACGACGCCAUUUUGUAAACACUUCCCAUCACGAAAAUUACCCCUUUAAAAUUUCCCUACCAUUUUGGAGGUUUUACAGGGAAAAGUCAAACAUGGAAGCGACUAGAUUGUAAAAAGUGACUGAAGACGCGUUUAUGGCAAACUUAGUCGCCAUUUUCCUUAAUAGAGACCGUUUGAACGGGGAGUUUCUGAGGCCGAGGAGGUGUGUGGGUGUCCAGGAUGAGACUUCAUAGUGAUAUGGGCAGCAUGCAGCUGUUGCACAUGCUUGAGGAGGCCCUUCGCAAAGAAAGGAGCUAUUGGAAGCCUAAUACUGGCAGAUCACAGCAGAAAAAUGAAACAGAAGUUGUCCAAGAACAGCGAGAUGAAAUGGUGAGAUGGUUAACAAAACUUAGUGAUAAAUUUCACUUCCAUCCUGAAACAUUUGCACUUGGUGUCAGUCUUUUGGAUCGUUUUCUGCAGUGUGUGAAGGCCCGCCCCAAGUAUGCUCAGUGUAUAGCUGUUAGCUGUUUGUAUUUAGCUGCCAAAACUUUGGAGGAAGACGAGGUAAUUCCUGGUUCCUUGGACUAUGUGGUGGACAGUCAAAGUGGCUGCACUGUGGCUGAGGUCCUACGUAUGGAGAGGAUUAUACUGGACAAACUACACUGGGAUUUGCUGACAGUUACAGCCAUUGAUUUCCUGCACAUAUUCCAUGCAUUGUUGUUGACCAAACACCCAUAUCUGCUGAACAACCUGAUGCAGAUGACCCCCUCACGUCAGCUGUCCUUGAUGACCCAGAAACUGAAACAUUGCCUGGCUCAGCACCAACUGCUGGCCUUCAAGCCAUCAACACUAGCACUGGCCCUGGUCAGCCUGGAACUGGAACUGUUUGCCACCAACAACUGGCUGCCAGUGACAGUCAGGAUGCAACAGUUAGUCAAGGUUGAUAACGUCCACCUUAUUCGUUGUCGUGAAAUCAUCUCCCGUCAUCUGGCCUCCAGUCGGCACAUCAACACAGUCUAUAUCUACUCCACAUUAAAGGACAAAGCCACCAAGCGCAAAGUGGACCAACUAGAGGAUGAGGAAGAUGUGUCUGAGAGCAUCAAGAGACUGUACAAUGAAGAAGGUGAAAACAGUUUGGGUCAUUGUGGAAGUGAGUUCAGACAAGAACUAGAUGAGAACUCUUCUCCUCUUCAAGCUGUUUCUGUUAAGUAACCAAUGGUAAUGGCACUAAGAAGAAAAACAAAGAGUUGGCAUGCAAAGAUAACAAUAGUUCCUCAUCUUAGUGAUUAGGAUUUACUUAGUUCAUGUAGGGAAACUGUGAUGUUAAGUAAGUAUACUGUGGAAAAAAGGUGUAUGAAUGUAUUUUGUAUGGAUGCACUGUUAUUAUUUCUAUUUUAAUGCCUUUCUUAUUUUAUGGUGUUUUAAGUGAACUUACUAAGCUUAUCUUUUUGCUGUACCACACUUGAGAUUAUUGUCUAUUUUGUCUAAUGAAUGUAGUUUAUGGUAAAUGAAAAAGGUUGUGUGAGGAAUUGAAAAUGUGGAUGUGACAUAAAGAAUGUGCUGUAUUUAAACAGAAAUUGAAAGAGAUGUCAUUAUAGUGUAGCGUAUGUUGUCAUCAAGUGAAUGUUUGCUUCCUACAGCUAGAACAGCAAAGAUUGGUAGUAAUUGAAAAGAGCAUUUUCAGAAUAACAUAUAACAUUUAGUGAAGUGAACUGGGUGCAGUAGCUUGAUCUGCACUUCAGUGCAGUUUUUUCAUCUCAUUUAUUCUUAGUUUUAUCUUGGUCUUAUUAGAAUGCAGCAGACAGAUAAUUGGUAAUAUUGCAUAGGGUUUGAACAAGGGUGACAUUUUCCUAGAUAUUUAUUUAUGUAGUACAGCUUGAUGACCUUGCUGUCUUUCCAUGUCAUUUGGUCUACUGGGGUACUACGCCAUAGAAGAUAUGGGUCAAGUGUCCUGGUAGAGCAAACGAUUUAGGCACUGGUGACGACUUUCUACAGUGUGUAAACAGCAGUGUGGAAAAAUAUCCCCUGCUUUUCUCCUUCUGUGAGAGGCUGUAAACUAAGAUAUCUUGCCUGGAAGUUCUGUAGAAUUCCACUUUGUCAUUUGUAAAUUUGAAUUCUGCAGAACUGUUUCAUUUAAUAACUCGUUCUACUGGAACAGUCAAGAUCAUUUUAACUUAACAUUUGUAUAUACUUAAACCAACUGUUUUAGCUCUUCAUUUUAUAUGUAUAAUACCCUGAGAUUGAAAGGUUUAGAUAAUCAUAUAGUAUGUCUGUGAGAGGUUGGAAAAAGAAAAAAAAAGAUCAAAAGUCACAAAAUAAUACUGCAAAAAAGUCCUUAUUUUAUGUUCAAUUGUAUUUAGCAUAAUGUAAUCCACAGUAUUCAAUUAUUUUUGUCAUUCAUUCUCAUUAUUCCAUCUUUUUGUUACAACAUUUAAGUGAAAAUUAUUUACCUUAUAUCUUUAAUAUUGCUGGUAACACAUCUGUUUUUAACUUGAACUUUUAAAUGAAUGGUUGAAAGAGUACAGUUUUUCUGUUCUGAAGAACAAUGGGACAAGACUGUAGUAAUAUAUUUCAUGAAAAAAAACUUUGUGAUUGUAUUGUGUCCAAGCCAGAAUUGGGUCUGUGUGCUAGAGUAUAUAGGUGCUAACUUCUGAACUGAGUGCUACACUGGACAGUUAAUUGAUAACCAUGCUUUUAGCCACUGAAUUUUACUGUUCUUUAUUUGAAUACAUUUGCAGAUGUGUUACUAGCUGUAGAUUUGAUAAUGUGUUCUGCCUGUACUUGUCCUAGUUGAAUGUAAUUGUACUGAAAAUGCAUAUGCUGUAUAUUUACUCAACAACACAGUUUCCUUUGUCAAAAACUGGAAGUGAAAGAACCGUUCAAGACACAAUGACUGACAGUGUUACAAAGUAGUUAAGUCAAAUUAUAUUUGUAGGUUUCUUAAGAUCUUUUUUUCAUAAGUAAAGCAGUGGAGCAAAGUGUUUGUGCAUAUGGAUAUGUGUAUAUAUACACAUAUUGCACAGAUACUGCUCAGAGCCUUGUAUCAAGGUAUCUCCCAGGUAAACUCCACACUCUGUACCUGUCACUGCCAUACAGAAGACUGGGUAGCUUUGGUUGUUGAGAGUCUCAACAGUGACAAGGUGUAUAUACAGAGAAGAUUGGGUCCAGCAGAUAGACCUGUGGGGUUCAUGAGUAGGUACAUCAAGAUUUCUCAGGAAAAUUUUCUUUAAAUUUGCAAAUAGCCACUGACUGCAAUUUUCAGUACCACCUUUUGGAAACCUACAUUAUUUUUUAAAAUUGUUAUUUAUUUUAUUUUUAAAACAAUCUUUUAUGGACUUUUCACUUUUCCACUUGGAAAAAAGGACUUUUAAGUGCUUUGUGGCCAAUAGUGACUGUGUGUCCAAAGUGGAAGUGUUCAUAUCCAGUGUUUAUGGUAGGUGGGAGAGUUUCACUGGCUGGACCUCUCAGCCUAACAGUAAUACAGCACUUCCAGAGUACAUGUGGCUUAUUUCAUUUUUAUGGACUUCAGUACCAAGUCUUGAGACAUGGAACAAGAUUGCACAUGGUUACUGCAAUUGGAAAUAUCUUUACAGAGAUCAUAUUGAGUUCAACUUUAUGUCCCAUUCAGAAAUUAAAGUCUUAGAAGCAAAAUAGUUUGUU